CGGAGAGGAGAGGAGAGAGGUGGGGGUCCGACAGAAUAUUAUUUUAAAAAAGAAUGCAUUGAAUAAUUGAGUCUAGAGUGAGUGAGUCGGUCUCGCUCUGUGCAUGGGAAGGAAGAGCACCGGCUUUGAUUCUUCGGAGUUUGCGCAUGCAUGUGCACAUCACUUCGAAAAGUAUGUGUAUGAGUCACAAUGACACACUCUGCAUCGUUCCUGGUGAUGGCGAUCGCGAGAACGCUGAUGGCAGCAGUCAGUCACGCCAUUCCAAUACCGAGAAGGUAGUUGGGUCGCGGCCUGACUGCGACGGGGGAACGAAAAGAGAGCGAGCGAGCGAGCGAGCGACGAAAGACAGAAAGACAGAGAGACAGAAAGAAAAGAAGAAAGAAAGAUGGAUUCCACGCUUUGCUUGGCCCGCCGGAAGCAUUCCGUGUUCCAGCAGCCCCCCGGUGCCUCUGGAUAGAUACUAUAUAGAGGAGGCGAGCGGGUGCGUUUGUACAGCGGUAGAAAGGCGGGGAUUCACCCGUCUGACCGCCGGAUGCAAGUGGAAAAGAAAGCGAGGGCUAUGGUUCUUACCGUCCUGCAGCGGGACAGUAAUAAGACAAGCGGCCUCGCCCGCUGCUCGGCCGCUGGUGGGAUGCGGGCAAAUGCUCAUAACGACGGGGGGAGCGGGGGCGGGCGAAGGAGGGAAAGGAAAGUUGAAAAAGAGGGCGAGCCGCUGACACUAACAUUUAACAACCACGACGCAAGGGAGUUUUGGCAGCACCCCUACACGGGACCCGAGAAAAACACCACAAUAAAUGUUAUCUCGCAGGUCCUCAUGCAGGAACACUUGCCACAGCAUGGCUGGGCUCCGGGUGCUUGUGGUGGUACACCACCGGUAUCGGGCGUGGUAAAAGAUCGGCGGGAAGGGUCGGGGGCGCGGGGGUAAGUGGGCGUGUAGCGUAGUGUGGACUUGACCCUACGCUCGGGGGCCGGGCUAAGAAAAGUACAAGACACAUACACCACUUGAUACGGCUGUCCUAAAUGUUGUCCCCCUUGGACUGCUUCUUCUCGUUCGUCGUCGCCUUCAUUCAUCAUUCGGCAGUCCAGUCCAGUCCAGUCCAGUCCAGUUCGGCCAGUUCGUCCAGUCUAGUCCACCACAGCCGAGGCUCGUGAUUCCCAGGCUCUCUCUCUAUGUCUUCUGGCACCUCCUACCGACCUCCGACUACAUUGGAUGUGGGGAAAGACAAGCAGCCCAGCCCAGACCCCACCAUGAGCAGCAGCAUCCCCCUGACCAGACCGCGGUAUUGCCGAACAACGAGAGUUUGACUUCUCGCCAUGUCGCGGCCACGGAGCGCAUCGGCUAUCAUACCACCUAACUCUCUCCCUCUGGCUGCGAGCGUGAGCCGAAAUCGGGCGAGCAGAAGCCGAUGGGAUGGGGAUCAUGGGAUUCGGGUUCGGGAAGGAGGGAAGAUAUGCGAUUCGACGAUCAGGAUAAUUAAAUGGGCGGAUUUAUUGGCUGUACAUACCACUACGCCUUGGCGAAGAAAAAUCAUGUGUGCAGUGGUCCUCCCUGAAAGAUGGGGACGGGAAAGCGAAGUAGUGGGUAGAUAAAUGGGGGUGGUCCCCCAAGGCACCAUGGAUGAUGAAUGACAAUAGAUUGCUGGCAGGGCGGAAGGAGGGGAGGGAGGCAAUAUCAUGAACAGCCGGCAUUUUUCAUAUUGCUGGGGAAUUAUUCGAUGGUCGG